GAAGGACACGUUACAAAGCAAGAGCGUCAAGUCGAAAGCGACGAUGUGGAACGUUUCAUUUUUAACUGAAGCACUUUAUUUUCUACAAUGAUCUGUGAUCUUCUGAUUUAGAGCCAAUAUUGAAACCCCUGACGUCAACAAAAAUGAUGUAAUCCUUCCUUUUUAAAAUUUACUUUGAAACUGAAUUAAUAUUUUGCUCUAGACGGAAAUAGUAUUCGGUACAAAACUUGCGCGAUGGCCGAAGACCAAAGCAAUCCUUCUGUUGCUACUGCUAUCAUUGGCGUAAGUGCAAAUGCUACCGGUGGUGGGUCGGAAUUCAAAUCUGUACCACUAGCCGCUGAUCUUGUUCCCGUUGAACUCGCAAAAAGCUGGUUUGUAGCAAUCGAAGCGAAACAGAUGUUAAAAGACUAUUCACAGGAGGCUCAACUCGAUAUGAACAUGUUUUUCCUGGGAGCUUCCAUGUUUGAUCGAAAGGAGAAAAAAAUGAUAGCUGCUAUAGGUUCAGAAGAGAUGGUUUACCCUGGAGAUUGCGGACUGUUUUCAACCAUUCUAACAGCUUACAACCACCACUGGACACUACGAACCUCUCCCGAUGAUUGGUGGUUCUGCGUGAUCAGGCGAGUGGCAAGAGCUAUCGAAAAAAACGCAAAGAAAGAUUCCGUUCGCAGGGUGUUUGUUGAUCACGAAGGAAAGAAAGAAAUUGAAGUCAAAGUGCCUGAAAAUACCAUCUAUACUGUUGAUUACAGCUGGUUUUUCGAUGAAAUGGCGAAGGGAAUACGAAAGAACGUCAAAGUACCCGAGUUCGUGGAUGGAAUAACGGCAGAUUUUAGCACCACAACACCAGUGCAGAAGGUUGUCUCGCAGAUUACGUUGAUGCAUUCAGUUCAGGAGUAUUUCAAGUACACCAUGGAAACUAUGUGCGGCAUCCCUGCGCUGGAAAUGCUAGGCACUGAAGACGAUUGGAAGAAACUCAAGUCCAAACUUAAGGUGCUGCGAACACUGCUUGAACCCAUCGAGAACGACCUUGGUUUGCAGACAGAAUGGUGGAAUGUUGUGGAAAAGGUGUUUGACAACUUGAUGGCUACCUAUUGUGAAAACCCAGACAAGAAAUGGUGGAGUCAUAUUAUUUCUUACAAGAGAGAGUUCGGAUCUGGAUGCCCUGAAUACCAAGGUUGGAUAACAGAGUUUUUGGAAGGCACAAAUAAGGUUCUGAAAAUAGGCCAGUUGUCAGGUGGUUUAGUAAGUGUGCCCCUUGAGCUCAAAAACCCGUAUGGCUUGCAAGACACUGCUAAACUUGUGGCUGGAAUGGCAGGAUUCACCAUGCACAACAAAGACACUGCAAGAGUGUCUGUGCAACCAUACCAGGGCUGGUGUCUUCUUUUAAAAGAAGACUCCCCGUUUCGGCCAGUCUCAGAGGAAUGGUAGAAAUGUAGUGUUAAUCUUUAUUUUUGUUGUUUCUUAAGUCACUGAUAAUGGAAAUAGAGGAUCUGUAGGUCGGGUAGCAAAGCAAUUCUUCAACUUGUUUGAAAUCCAUAUUUGGAAGGGAUGUACUAGGGCUGUUUUUCCCAGUUAGUAAACAAUAAUUUGUAUUGUAGCAGGUAUCUUUUAUCCACAAAUAUUACAACUCUCAAGUAAUGCAAGAUACUAGCUAAAAAGAAUAAAAAGAUGUAAUUCAUAUUGGACUGAAAGGACCAAAAAGUGAAAUCGAUGCUGUACAGGUUAACCAAUACUGCUUGUGAUACUGACUUUCAUUGUUGUACCAGCAAUUUUUUAGGGAGUGAGUGAAAGUAAAUAAAAAGUUAUAGCCAAGGAAA